CAUUUUCCCUUUUCACUCUCAAAUCUUCUCCUCUCACCUAGGGUUCCAUUACUCUAUACACCCAGAGAACCCCUCCAUACUCUACAUCUACACCUACACAGAUUAUCGAAACCUCCCUAUAACUCCACAAAACUCUCCAAAUUCGGCGGAAUUCACACUAUGCCGCGGCAACGGGACUACGACGAUGACGACGUGGAACCGGAGGAGGAAGAGGAAGACGUGUACGAAGAGGAGGACGAAGAGGAGGAAGAAGAAGAUGAUCAUAGAGGAAAGUCUGGACGCAAACGGCGUAGAUCGGAUUUUAUUGAUGACGUAGCGGAGGAAGAUGAUGAUGAAGAAGAAGACGAUGAUGAUGAGGAUUAUGGCGGCGGCGGCGGCGGCGGUAGACGACGCCCUAAAAGGAGGACUGGUUCAGAAUUUUUUGAUCUCGAAGCUGCUGUAGAUAGUGAUGAGGACGAGGAGGAGGAAGAAGGCGAAGACGAUUUCAUAGUAGAUGGUGGAGCGGAGAUACCUGAUGAGGAUGGUGCCAGACGUGAAUAUCGUCACCGGAUGUUGCCACAUGAUGACCAAGAAGAAGACCUUGAGGAGCUUACGAGAAGCAUUCAGCAAAGAUAUGCGAGGUCAGCUCAUGUGGAGUAUGAUGAGGAAGCAACAGAAGUUGAGCAGCAAGCUCUCUUGCCAUCUGUCAGGGAUCCUAAGCUGUGGAUAGUGAAAUGUGGG